CUCACUAUCCCCAUCACUGACUGGAUCUAAAAACUCUCCUCACACCGACGAGGCACCGCCGAACACCAGGUGCAACCCGCUGCAGCGAUGAUUAAGAAAAUGUCUCCAUCCGAGAACGACUUCGACAUUCCGGCCAAGAAUUGCCACAGGAUGGUCAUUCUCGGCUCCACUAAAGUUGGGAAGACGGCCAUCAUCUCUCGGUUUCUCAACGAGAGAUUUGACGACCAGUACACACCGACUAUUGAAGACUUUCAUAGAAAGUUUUACAGCAUCAGAGGGGAUGUUUACCAGCUGGACAUCCUUGAUACAUCUGGAAACCAUCCUUUCCCUGCAAUGAGGAGACUUUCAAUUCUAACCGGUGAUGUUUUUAUCCUGGUGUUCAGUUUGGACAACAGAGACUCAUUUCAAGAAGUGCAGCGCCUGAAGCGUCAAAUCCACGAAACCAAGUCCUGUUUGCGCAACAAAACUAAGGAGAAAGUGGACGUGCCGCUCGUCAUCUGCGGCAACAAGUGCGACCGGGAUUUUUACAGAGAGGUGCAGGACGAAGAGAUCGAGAAACUGGUCGGAGACGAGAACUGCGCGUACUUUGAGAUCUCUGCAAAAAAGAACACAAACGUCGACCAGAUGUUUCAGACUCUUUUUACCAUGGCCAAGCUGCCCAACGAGAUGAGCCCAGACCGACACUGCAAGGUGUCUCUGCAGUACUGCGACGUUUUGCACAGAAAGUCGUUCAGGAGCAAGAGGUGCAAGGAUGGGAACGCGUACGGGAUAGUUGCGCCUUUUGCGCGCAGACCGAGCGUGCACAGUGACUUAAUGUACAUCAAAGAGAAAGCCAUUGGAGGCGGCCAGGCCAAAGAGAAAGGCUGUGUUAUUUGCUGAUAUCUUUGCAAGAAACUUUCCGGAGCUGUUGCAUGUCUAUAUUCAGCUGACCUUCAGAAAUCAGACCAAAAAUAAGAAAAAAAACCUAAGUGCAAAUAGGGAUCCAGGCACGGUGCAGCAGAUGCUCUCAAAAGACUGUGACAUUAGUGUCUCUUUCAGAGCAGCAUUAAAGGGAAAAAUGUUUACAUUUUGCCAUCGUUUACAGAUGGAAUGACACUUUGAAUGUUUGUUUAGCAGAUUGAACAAAAUGAAUACAUGUUUAUCUUG